GUGAGAGACCUAAUUUAAUUUGUUUUAUCAACCCAGCGCUUUGCCUUUGCAAGAUAUUGUACGAGGAAGACCGAGGAUGAAGACUGUGAUUGUGGUGCAUGGUGGAGCUUGGGCCAUCCCAGACAUGUUAGCCAAAGCAUCCGUGGCUGGAGUCAAGAAUGCUGCGUGGGCAGGCGAUGCUGUUCUUAAGAAUGGUGGGAGUGCAAUUGACGCUGUAGAAAAAGCUGUGAGGUCUUUGGAAGAUGACCCAACUUUUGAUGCAGGUCAUGGUGCAGUGCUGAAUAUUGAUGGAGAGGUGGAGCUGGACAGUAUCAUCAUGGAUGGGGAAACACUUGCCACUGGAGCUGUGGCCUCUGUGAGAAACAUCGCUAACCCUGUUAGUCUUGCUCGUGCUGUAAUGGAAAAGACAGAUCAUGUCAUGUUGACAGAUAGAGGAGCGAGCAUGUUUGCGGAGCGCAUUGGUAUUCCAGUAGCUGAUGAUUUAGUGACUGAGCUGGAACGUAAAGACUGGGAACAAAGCAGUAGCUAUCCUGUCGGAGUCGAAAAAUUCUUCAACACACAAUGGGGCCAUGAUACGGUCGGAGCAGUGGCUCUGGACUCUUUGGGUAAUGUGGCGUGCGCUACAUCCACCGGAGGAAUCAGAAACAAAAUGGUGGGAAGAGUCGGAGAUUCUCCUAUUAUAGGAUCUGGUGGAUAUGCAGACAAUAGAAGUGGCGCGGUCUCUUGUACUGGUCACGGAGAGUCUAUUCUCAAAGUCACCUUAGCCAGAUUAAUCCUCUUUCAGAUGGAGCAAGGGAAAUCAGCCACAGCCGCCGCUGAAGCCUCACUUCAGUACAUGGGAGAGAGAGUGAAGGGAUGCGGAGGAGCUAUUGUUGUGUCCUCCACAGGGGACUGGGCCGCCAGCUUCACCACACCACGCAUGGCUUGGGCCUCCAUUAAAGAGGACGUCCUGCACUACGGGUUAAAUCCCAAAGAAGAUUUCACAGAGAGGCUGAAAUGAUAAC